GCGGCCUGCUGUAGAGCAUUUCGACCGCAAGUGGGAGGCACAAGGAAAGAAAACCAAAGUGGACAAAAAAAUUGUCGCCCAUUUGGAGCUUUCCUUUGGGUGUGUAAACAGUGGGCCAGUUGCCAAACAAACAAUAACAAUUUCAUUUGUUGUGAAAAAAUAUAAAAACUCUGUAUAAAGAUUAGGCCGAUCUAGACGUGAAUUAUAAAUGGAAAAGAGAAGUGAAACGCCGAUAAAAAGUACAAAGUUUCGAAAGUUAAGCGAUGCCGACAUGACGGAGGUUCAGCUGAAUACUUUGACGGACUCCAGUGCAAAGGAUAAUAUCGAAGUCGGUAGCUCCCAGGGAAAUGAUGACUCCAGAUUCAAUGGAAAUAAUCCCGUACAACAUUCGAAAUGGUUCAGAUCCAGACUUUUUAUCAUAUCUAUCGUUUUCUCAGCCCUAUUGAUAACAGCCAUGUGUAUUGGUUUUGUAGUGCACCGUGGAAUGUCCGGCGAUGUUGGCGACAUGGACACGGUUACCUAUUGGCCAGUAAAAUUGCCCAAGGAGCAGCAGGAGUGGUAUGAUCAAGGAAUAGAUGAGCUAAAGAAGGCCGUUUCAAGAGAAUUCAAUCGUCGUCGAGCCAAGAACGUAAUAUUAUUUGUGGGCGACGGAAUGGGACCGAAUACGGUGACAGCAGCGCGUAUCUAUGGAUUCAAGGAAGAAGGACUCCUCAGAUGGGAACACUUUCCGGACAUGGGACUACUGAAGACCUACUGUGCCGAUAAGCAAGUUCCGGACUCCUUCUCCACGGCUACGGCUCUUUUUGGCGGAGUCAAAGUUAACUAUGAAACUGGCGGAGUUGACUCUAAUGUACCGCUGGGAAACUGUGCCGCCUCAUUGCAGGAGGAUCACCAUGUUCAGACAAUCCUUAAGUGGGCUCAAGAAGACGGCAUGCGAACGGGUUUUGUGACCACAACACGGGUAACUCAUGCCACCCCAGCUGCCCUCUAUGCCCAUGUUCCGGAUCGUCGUUGGGAAUGUGAAUCGGGAAUGCCUGCAGAUGCCCACGAUCAGGGUUGUAUGGAUAUAGCGCGACAGCUGAUCGAGCAACCCACCGGUCAAAGAAUUAAUGUAAUCAUGGGUGGUGGUCGCCAGAUGCUGGUAUCUAAUGUCACCGAUUCACCAACUGAUCCCCUAGAUACUUGGGCCGGGAAAUCGAUGGAUGGACGAAAUCUCAUUCAAGAUUGGCAGCGUAAGAAAGAGGACGAGGGCGUAUCACAUGCAGUAAUCCAGAAUAAUCAUGAACUAUGGAAUCUCAAUGCACAGGAUGUUGACUAUCUACUGGGCAUAUUCGCCAACGGACACCUUAUGUACGACCAUGAGCGAGAUCCAAGUGAAUCCGGAAUGCCUUCACUAUCUAAUAUGACCCUUAAAGCACUCGAAGUUCUGGGAAAUAGCGAUAAAGGAUUUUUACUGGUGGUGGAAGCUGGUUUAAUCGAUCAAGCCCAUCACCGGGGAAAGGCUCGAAAGGCACUUCACGAAGUUCUCGAACUAAAUAAGGCUGUAGAGUCAACGCUUUCUUUUCUUAAAUCGUCAGAUCGUUUGGAAGAAACCCUGGUUAUAGUAACCGCCGAUCAUUCUCAUAGUCUGACAAUAAAUGGACACCCAGAACGGGGAUCCAGUAUACUGGGCUUCGCAGGAAAUUCAAAGACAGAACAGACGCCCUACACCACGCUGACGUAUGGCACCAGCUAUCAGGGAUUUCAGGUGGAUCCCAACACUCAGAACCGCAGAGAUCCAACAGACGACAAUGUAACAGAUUGGGAAUACACGCAACAGGCUGCGAUAAACACGGAUGAAAAUCUUCACGGUGGGUCGGAUGUUACGAUUCACGCUGAUGGUGCCAUGUCCUAUCUAUUCCACGGAGUCCAUGAACAGAGCUAUGUAGCACACGCGAUAUCCUACGCUUUGAGAAUCGGACGCUUCCGUGAUAGUUCCAUUGCCGAAACUCUAGCUGAAUUUACGCCUAUAUAGAAAAAUACCCUCAGAAAUAUUUAUAAGGAAUUUAACCUUGCCAAGCUUACAAAAUAUAUUAAUAAAACUAGAACAGGACUUUAGAAUAAGAAAUGGUUUACUGAAAUGCAGGAGAAGCUAAUACCUGAUUUAUAAAGGAACAAAUGUUAAUGUUGAAGGUUUUAAGAAAUAAGUUCGUUGAGUGAAUACUUUUUACUAAAUUAAUACUUCAGUAUGUUUUUAAAAAAUAUUUCCUAAGAAAAUGAGUUAUCUUAACAGUCAAUAUGAAGAUUUGUUUAGAAGUUAAUUGUACGUCAAAGGCUUGUGUCAGUAAAAAUAAACUUGAUUACAGUGUUUUCAUUAAA